AUGCCCUGGGUACGCUUCAUUUACGGUGUGCUAACUCAGCCGAGGCAUACCAAAUGGAUCGCUCCUCUACUAGUUCUGGGCGAUGCGCUCCUUUGCGCUUUGGUCAUAUGGAAGAUCUCCUAUACUGAAAUCGAUUGGUCAACUUAUAUGCAGCAAAUCUCCCUCUAUAUCAACGGCGAACGCGAUUAUCCCUCCAUCAAGGGCUCCACGGGUCCCCUCGUUUACCCUGCCGGUCAUGUCUACGUCUACACCUUGUUGCACCAGUUCACCGAUGAAGGGCGUGAUAUCCUCGGUGGGCAGAUCUUGUUCGCAGGGCUCUAUCUUUCGACCUUGGUAGUUGUCUUUGGCUGCUAUCGAAAAGUCGGCGCUCCGCCAUACCUCUUUCCCCUCCUGGUGCUGUCUAAACGGCUUCAUAGCAUAUUUAUGCUACGAAUGUUCAAUGAUGGGAUUGCGGCUUUUGCGAUGUGGCUUGCCAUAUAUCUAUUUUUGAAAAGACAAUGGACUCUGGGUGUUUUGAUGUGGACUUUGGGUGUCGGUGUCAAAAUGACCCUGGUGCUACUUGCACCAGCUAUUGCCGUUAUCACUUUACUCAGUGUGGGACUGUCUCGCAGUCUUUCCCUUGCAGCUAUUGCUGUGCAGGUCCAGAUCUACCUCGCGAUCCCGUUUCUCCGAACUAACGCGAUUGGCUACUUCUCACGGGCCUUCGAGCUAUCCCGUCAAUUUAUGUUUAAAUGGACGGUAAAUUGGCGAUUUGUAGGAGAGGAGACGUUUCUUUCAAGGGAAUUCUCCGUGGCAUUGUUGCUCCUGCAUAUUUCUAUCCUGGCUCUCUUCGCCAUUAAUUGGGUCAGUCCAUCAGGAUUCAAUGUGUUCCGCUUCCUGCAGAAUACUAUCCUGGGUUGCUUGCAGCCAGUGACCCUUUCCAAAUCCUUCAUUAUGACUGCUAUGCUAAGCUCCUUGGCCAUAGGCAUGCUCUGUGCCAGGUCGCUGCAUUACCAGUUCUUUGCUUAUUUGGCAUGGGCCUCUCCGUUCCUCCUGUGGCGCACCGGCCUUCAUCCAGUUCUGAUCUAUAUUGCAUGGGCGCUGCAGGAGUGGGCCUGGAAUGUGUACCCCAGUACCAAUGCCAGCUCAACGGUUGUGGUACUCUCGCUUGCCACGCAAGUGUUCGGGGUGUUCAUCAAUGAUCACGAUGAGGCAGAUGAUGUGGUCGACUGUAAGGACACCCGUAAUCAAUGA